CUGUGUUGGUCCCCUGCAGCCGGCCGGAGCGGCGAGAGCCCCGUCGGGCCGGGCUCCGGCGGCGGCCGCAGCUUCCGCUGGUUUGUCCCUGCGGGGGUGUCCCCGGCGGCAGAGCUGAGCACUCUGCCGGCGGGCAGCAUGUCGGUGCAUUUAGCCACGCCCCUGCCUCUCACCCGGAAGCCAUGGAGGAGAUAAGGUAGCCCCUCGAUGGGAUGGGGAAGCCCAGUUCAAUGGAUGCAAAGUACAAGGAUGACUUAUUUCGCAAGUAUGUGCAGUUCCACGAGGGCAGGGCGGACGCCGCCCCCAGCCAGCGGCCUGGCGGUGACGGGCACCUGCGGGCGGCAGCCUGCACCCUGCUCAGCCUGCACAAGGUGGAUCCCUUCCAUCGAUUCCGGCUGAUCCAAUUCUACGAGGCAGUGGAGAGCUCCCUGCGCUCGCUCAGCUCCAGCCUGCGGGCUCUGCACUGCGCCUUCAGCGUGCUGGAGACGGUGGCUAUCAACCUGUUCCUCUACCCGUGGAAGAAGGAGUUCAGAAGCAUCAAGACCUACACGGGCCCUUUCGUGUACUAUGUCAAGUCCACGUUGCUGGAGGAGGACAUCCGAGCCAUCCUGAGCUGCAUGGGCUACGUGCCCGAGCUGGGGACCGCCUACAGGCUCAGGGAGCUCGUGGAGACCCUCCAGGUGAAGAUGGUCUCCUUUGAGCUCUUUCUGGCCAAGGUCGAGUGCGAGCAGAUGCUGGAAAUCCACUCCCAGGUGAAGGACAAGGGCUACUCCGAGCUGGACGUGGUGAGCGAGCGCAGGAGCAGCGCUGAGGACGCGCGGGGCUGCUCGGAGGCCCUGCGGCGGCGGGCCGAGGGCAGGGAUCACCUGACGGCCUCCAUGGCCCGGGUGGCGCUCCAGAAGUCGGCCAGCGAGCGCGCGGCCAAGGACUACUACAAGCCGCGGGUGACCAAGCCCUCCAGGUCGGUGGACGCCUACGACAGCUACUGGGAGAGCAGGAAGCCGCCCCUGAGGGCCUCGUUGAGCCUGCGCAAGGAGCCCGUGGCCGCAGACUCGGGCGACGACCUCAAGGACGAGAUCAUCCGGCCGUCCCCCUCACUCCUGACCAUGUCCAGCUCGCCCCACGGCAGCCCGGACGACCUGCCACCCACGUCCCCCAGCAACGGACUGGGCCUGCUGCGGGGCACCUACUUCUCUGCCCAGGAGGACGUGGACCUGUACACGGACUCGGAGCCCAGGGCCGCGUACCGGAGGCAGGAUGCCCUGCGGCCAGACGUGUGGCUGGUCAGAAACGACGCCCACCCCGCCUACCACAAGCGCACGCCGCCCGCCAAGGAGUCGGCUCUCUCCAAGUGCCAGAACUGUGGCCUCUCCUGCAGCUCGACCCUGUGCCAGCGCUGUGACAGUCUGCUCGCCUGUCCUUCGGCCUCCAAGCCCAGCCCCUUCCCCGGCAAGGCUCCCGCCCACGACAGCCUGGCCCAAGGGGCCUCUCUGCGGGAGAAGUGCUCAGGCCAGGCCCAGGGCCUCGAGCGGCUGCCACACGUGCACACCAAGCCCAAGCCCCCCAGCACAGCCACCGCCCGCUGUGGCUUCUGCAACCGGCCCGGCGCCACCAACACCUGCACGCAGUGCUCCAAGGUCUCCUGCGACGCCUGCCUCAGCGCCUACCACUACGACCCCUGCUGCCGGAAGGGGGAGCUGCACAGGUUCCUGCCCCACAGCCAGCUGAGCUACAGGUGCAGCCCGUUCUCCCAGCUCGUGUACAGAUAGACUCGCCUGGCGCCUCCCGCUCCAAGGGCUACCCCGCUGGCCUUGCCGGCCGCACGGUCGGGGAGGACUGCGCACCGACUGCAGGAGCAGGGCCUGCACCUGACCACGCAGCCGGCGGGACCCGCGUGGGAGUACCGUCACGGCUCAGCUCCUUCCACUGAUGGCUGCGCUGUCGUCUGACAAGACAGAGGGUGGCACUUCGUUCAGAUUCAUUUUUGCUAAUCUCUCCACUCCCCGUUCAGUUGUGUUUUUUCUCCUUUAAAGAGAAUUUCUAUCUCUGGGACUCUCACCUUGCCUGCCCUCCUGCCCCUCCCGCUGCAGAGCCAACUCGGACUGGGAAGGGCCCUCCGGGUCACCUCAGCGCCCCCGAGUGGUGAGCCAGAGGCCUGCUGGCUUGUGAAAUGAGCCCUCCUGCCACACUGGGCCUCCCCCCACCGGCUCAGCCCUUGGCCGCCCCUUCCCAAGCACAAGGACCCCCAGCCUCCCUCCCGCGCCCCCCCAGGUGUCAAAGGUGAACCGAGUCCAGUGUUAGCUGAGCGUCUUGCUGCCGCCCCAGCUUGGUCAGCCCGGUGUUAGCGAGCGCGGCUGCGACGCCCGAGCGUGGCCUUCGCACGGUGGGACACGCCCUUUCUGUUGUUUGCACACGCCCCUCUCACUGUACUGUAAAUAGAGAUUUUUGAGAUUUAUUUUUAAAUAAAUAUUCAACUUGCUGUGUGUUUCAAAGUGGGUAAGAAAUUAAUUAUGUAGCUAUUUAUAAAAAUGCCCUGGGUUCCUGCGUCUUCCGUGUUGUGUCCUCCGCCCCCGCCGGGGCGCGUGGAGCGGCGGCGGCGGCGGGUUCCCAAGCUGGUGGAGCGCCCACGUCUUCCCUCGAUCUCUACACACCUACCUCCAGUGUGCACUCGGCCAGGGCCGCCCGGGCCCGGUCUGCCUGCAGGCCCUGGCCCUGCGGAGUCGCCGGGCGUGCACUGCAGACUUCCUCCGCGACUCCGCCACCUCCACCCCAGUCCUCCGCACGCCACCAGUCUCCAGGGACUCGUCUGGGACAGCACUAGCGAGCUUUUUGCACUACAAGUGGGCGAGAGUGGGCACGCGCCCAGCAGAUGGCCCCUGGGCACUCAGCUGAGCCUCCGAGCUUCCAAACCCAAGGGCCCCUCCAGCGCCUGCCAGCCGCGGGCCCCUGGCUCUCCCUGGUGGGGGCCAGAGAGGAGGGGCCGGGACUCUGAACAUGAACUGCUUCCCUGUGAACUGGUGACACUGUAGCCAUACGUGUCUGUGAUGCAGCCAGCGCGCAGGGGGUCUCCGGGUGCGGAUUUUUCCAGAAGGAGGCGUUCCGCUCUGGAGUUGCGAUCCGGCCGAGUCCUGAGGCCACUGUGAACUUGCUGAUGUUCUUCCAACUCAGCUGAGUGGUUUUAAGCUUUUCCAAACCUUCUGUGGCUCUUUUUUAUAAACCUGGCCGACGGCCGACCUGCAGAGAAGUCGUGUGUACGUAAAGCCGAAUUUCACCACCGUUGUGACUGCCGGGAGCAGCCGUCCGGGCGCUGCAGAGCCGGCCUUGCCUGCCCACUCCCGGGAACGCCGGCCUCCCAGUGCCGCCCUUCCAGCAUUCGUCACCACGUCAGCCGCCAUGCCACGUAACACGACGGACAGAGCGCCAGCCACGGGCCGUCCCGGCAGAGCCUGUGUUCCUCGGCCGCCUGGGCAGUGGGCCGCGCGUCUUCCUCCGUGACAGGCGGUUCAGUGUGCGCGAAUGUUUUGCCUUUGAUUUCUGCCAGGAGUUGAAGUGUUGAGAGAUGAUUACAGAAACCACAAUAAAGCGUCUUCCAUUGUGAGUGCAGU